CAAUACAUUUUGAAAACAAUGACAGAGACGUCAUGGGAUCUAUGCCACAUCCAACAAUCAACACCAAAGUAAAUAUUUUGUUGAAAAUGGAAGAAACAAUUUUCCAGGAAGAUCCCGAUUUAUUGGAGUUAAUUCGGCUCGCAUCCGUUGGAAAGUCGUCAAUCGAUCGGCUAUCUGGGAAGUUUCUCACUCCAGAUGGAAAGAAAUCAAAAUCCACCAACUUCGACCCUCUAGCCCUCCCAGUGGUUGUAUUAACGAGCGAUGAAACCGACCAACCACGACCAAACAAACGGUUAUGCUUCAGCGAUUCCAAAAACUUAGAAACAAAAAAGCGUUUUCGCGACGAAGCAAUAAAUGCCAGUCAUCAACUGAACAAUAAUGACUCAUCAAAUUCUGAAAAACUUUUAACUAAAAAAUUAAAACGACGAAAACUUAUAAAUGCUGACUCAUCUUCCUUGGCUCAAUCAGUCGUCCCUAUUGAUGACUCAGCAGAAAAUGUGCCGAGUGAUUUAAAGUCAGCGGAAAAAUCACCGACCCAUCACUCCCCAACACCCCUGGUGGAGGAUUCAAAAUUAAAAGACAAAAAAUUGACGGAAAACGUUGAAAAUUUAAACAUUUCAUCCGUAAACACAGUUCAUAUCGUUAGCAUUCCAAAUGUUAACGAAGAAAAACUUCGAGAAACGACAGACUCAGCAAUCCCCCCUAGUGGGAGAUUGUUGCGUAAAAGGAUCCGUAAGACGUUACCCCCGUUGAAACUCCGACAAACCCCCCUUGGAUUACCCAAGCAACCCCGAGUAACGAAGGAUGAAUUUACAAUCGAGGAAAUUUAUACGAACAAGAAUUACGCGACACCCGGCACUAAAUCAUGGGAGACGAUAUUUGAGGAACCGAAGCAAGAUAAAGACGGGAAUAUGCGGUUCGACGCAAGCGACCAUCACGACGAAACAAACAAACCGAUGACACAGCAUCGAACGAACGACUCAGCACAAUAUUGUCACGCUUGGACGAUCAGCUUUUACUUAACGGGGAUUCCCCUUAAACAAGAAUUUUUAUUUCUAUAUCCACAAAUAUAUUUGAUUGUUCUUCGUGUUUUACGACGAAAUACACAAAAUAACUGGAGUAUGAUGUCAUAAUCACUUUAAUGGUUUAGAAUGCCCCGUAGUUUUAAGAUGUUGAAACAAUUUAUUUCUCGUUGGGAACUUUGUGCGACAAGUUGAACAAAA